AUGCGACCAAAUCUCCUACAGUUUGUAGCGCUCGCAAGUGCAGGUGUGAUCAAGCAUAAGCCGGGCCCCAAUGACAUUUUUUCCUGUGGUAUUCCCCUUCCCACUUUUGAAAAUGGUACAAGGGCGGCCAGUUGGGCUCAGUAUCUCGAUGAGACUCAGGCCUAUAUCGGUCAAAACGGUCAAGGCGCGACUGAUAUGUUUGCUGGUCCUGUCGGAAGAGCUCCAGUGAGAUGGCCGCGUAACUCGGACAACAAGGCCGUCAUCCCGUACUGCUAUCAAACGGAGGAAGUUCGCAAAGCCGCCUUGCCGAUCGUAUCCGAUGGUAUAAGAACGUGGAUGUCCUAUCUUGGCCCUGCUGGCAAAGAAGCAGGUCACGCCAUCAGUUUCGAGGAGCAGUUGAACAGCGAGGGGAAGCCGAUUUAUUGUACGCCAGACAGUAAAGCCCCCGAUGAGUGGAACUCAGCUCUGCCUCAUGCAACACUGGCUAUCUAUUGGGGUGGAGACGAGAUGGGAUGGAGUGCUAGUGUAGGUCUACAACCUAACCAGGAGACACCUUGGGCCAAUCAGCUUCACAUCGGAGACGGCGAAUGUCUCCAUUGCGUUCUGCACGAGCUCGGUCAUGUCAUGGGUAUGGUACAUGAACACCAGCGUAGUGAUCGAGAUACCUAUAUCAAGGUCCAAUACGAGAACAUCAACGAUUUCGAAGAGUGCUGGGAACGCGCCAAAGUUAAGGGCGACCCUAAAGUCACCCGAUCCGACAUCUGCGAUAAUAUGAGAUAUGCACUCAAGUAUGAUUGCUUGUGCGGCCAUUUCGUCAAAGGCAUUACCGGAAAUCUCCUUCCCCUCUUUACUCUUGACGUUUACGAUAUUGAUAGCGUCAUGCACUACCCAAGUUCUUCUGGAGCAACAACAGAAUGUCCCAACUAUGGGUCUGAAGAAUCUUCGAAUCGUUGUCCCAUCCAGGUCUACAUAGACUACGAGGAUCAUAGCAAAGGAUUAACCAUGCUGGUACCAAACCUAAGGCCGUCUGACCAGGAUAUAAAAUGGGUCAAGCAUGGCUACCCUUAUAAUGUGGAGACUUAA